CAGCUCUCAAAUGUAGUGACAUUCGCACUGUUUAUAUUUUUUAAUAAUUCCCGCGCAUAAAUAACAAGUGUUUUUUUUUCGAAGAUAUUUCGGCAAAAUGGCGGCAAAAGAAAAACAGCCGAUGGAUAACUUCAAUUCAACAUCAAACUUGACGAGCAACACUGGCUUUCAAUCGACUUUGAGCAUAGAUUCAAAAGAUAUAAUCAAUAAUGAGAAGGCAUACAACCCUUUUGAGCACAGACAAGUGGAACAUCCAAAUUCAACAAUUGGAUCAAUGCUACAUCUUCUGAAGGCUUGUUUGGGUUCUGGAAUUCUGGCUAUGCCAUCAGCUUUUAAAAAUGCCGGUCUCGCUGUUGGAGUUCUGGGAACGUUAAUCGCUGGUCUAAUUUGCACACACGCGGUUCAUUUGGUAGUUAAAACUUCUCAAGAAGUUUGUGUCGUGGCAAAGAAGCCUUCAAUGAGUUUUGCUGAAACUUGCGGUGCAGCCUUUACUUACGGACCCAAGAGGGUUCAGAGAUGGGGAGGAUUUGUAAAGACAUUUAUAGAUUAUUCCAUGACUAUUACAUAUGUAAGCGUACUCUGCGUGUACGUUGUCUUCAUAGGAUCAUCUAUUAAGGAGGUAAUGGAUGUGUAUUAUCCACAAUACGACAUCUCUAUACGGAUGUAUUGUAUUCUAACGUUGGUACCACUUAUACUAAUAUGUCAGAUUCGAAACCUAAAGUACUUGGUACCCUUUUCAGCCAUUGCAAACUUUCUUAUUGUAGUUGUGUUCGCUGUGACGUUGUAUUACACGUUUGUCGAUUUGCCACCUUUAAGCGAGCGAGAUAUGGUUGCUAACAUUUCACAAUGGCCGCUUUUCUUGAGCACAGUGAUAUUUGCAAUGGAAGGUAUAGGCGUAGUUAUGCCAGUUGAAAACGAGAUGGCCAAACCUCAGCAUUUCCUGGGCUGCCCCGGAGUGCUGAAUGUUUCAAUGGUGAUCGUUAUUACUCUCUAUGGAAUUGUCGGAUUUUUUGGAUAUGUGCAAUUUGGUGAUGCUGUCAAAGGAAGCAUUACGCUGAACUUACCUGAAGAUCAAUGGAUCGCCCAAAGUGCUAAGCUUUUAAUGGCAUUGGUCAUGUAUUUUUCCUUCGCCCUACAGUUCUAUGUUCCCAUGGAAAUGAUAACGCGAGUUUUGCUAACUAGAUUUUCCAAGUUCGAAAAUGUUAUACAAAUCAGCGUAAGAACAGUUCUUGUAACAAUAUCUGUUGCAUUUGCUGUGGCUUUCCCUAAUUUGGAGCUGGUCAUCAGUUUGGUUGGUGCAAUAUUUUUUUCUACUCUAGGUCUUCUGAUUCCCGCUACAAUAAACACUGUUUACCUUUGGGACAAGGAUUUGGGAAAAUGUAACUAUGUCCUCAUCAAAAACGGUAUCAUCAUCAUAAUUUCAAUUGUAGCUCUUGUGUCUGGUUCAUAUGUUUCUAUCAUCGGUAUGAUUGAAGAUUUCUCUGGCAGCACUCAUGAGAAUUCAACUUUAACUUAUUAAGUAAUAAUGUUUCUGUUAUUGAAUUUUGAUAUUUUAAUAAGUAAUUAACCAGUAGAUGAUACAGCUAUUUAAUUUUAAAAUUUAUUGCUGUUGAAUUUAUUUAUUAAGUAUUUAUUUUAAACAUAAAAUGUACAGUAGUCUUAAGCUUAGAUUUAAAUGUUGUGUAAUAAAAAUCAUAAGUUUAUUUGUAAAGCACUUUUUGUUUUACAAA